CCGAAAUCCUAAAUUCAAUUCCUCCAUUUUUAAUAUCACGUAUUAAAAAACACAAAUGCCAAACCUCAAUUGCGGCCCAUUUUAGAAGUACAAAAUACAAAUUACAAAUUACAUCAUCCAUAUAACACACCCAAUUCAAAGCACAUAAAGGUAAAUAUGAAAAAGCACUUAGGGUAUUUUGGCCUUUUGAAAUCUGGUACACUUAUAAACACACUACCAAGCAUCUAGCCCGAUUUCCCGACUCACAGUGACGGACUGGGAUUGCCGCCAACUCGUUCGCUAUCGCAGCCAAAGUUUUCUGCUUCCAAAUUCCAAUGGCCAACAAUCCCUCACAGCUACUCCCAUCAGAGUUGAUCGACCGGUGCAUAGGGUCGAAGAUAUGGGUGAUAAUGAAGGGAGACAAGGAGCUCGUCGGGACUCUGAGGGGAUUUGAUGUCUACGUCAACAUGGUUCUCGAAGACGUCACUGAAUAUGAGAUUACGCCUGAAGGAAGACGUAUAACCAAGCUUGAUCAGAUUUUGCUCAACGGAAACAACAUUGCUAUUCUGGUCCCUGGCGGCUCACCUGAACCGGAAUGAGAGUGUAAUGGAACAUCCACACUCUGUUAUUGAAUAUUUGCAAUUUAUGCGGUUUGUGGGAGAUUGUUUCCAUUUUUCUCUACUUAGCACUUUUGUUGUUCUUAGGAGGUGACAUGGUUGUAGGAUAUGGUAGAGAAACUUUUACAAAAUGACGUGUUAUGUUCCUUGUAAUUGCAAGUGGUGUUAAAUACUAAGUUGAGCUUUAUUGUUCA